AUGAACGGUCCAAAUUCCGUUCAGACGCCAAAUGUGACGGUUGAUCUCAUCAAUGAUUCGAGAGUGUCAAAUGGAUUGGAUUCGAUCAACCUUAAGAGAAAAUUCCGUGCUGAAGAUUCAGACGAUGAGGAGGACACCAUUGAAUCACAGAAAUCAAGAAGAAAGGUCGUCCGUUUGAAAAAACAUCCAUCAUCACUUCCAAAAGACGACCAGGAAAGCAAUAUCGGCACUUUUCCUCAUGGUGAAGCCUCAUCUUGCGGUUCUGCAAGCAAUUUCUACGACAACUCCGCGAUUAUGCAAGUUAAGACCAGCAAAAGAGAAAGUGAAGAAACAAAUCUAGGAAAAAUCGACUACGCCUCAGCAGUAGAUGAUGCGAAGAGUGCUACUUGGAGGGAUAAAGAUAAUGAGGAUGAAAAAAGAGCUACUCCAUCUAUAAUCCAGCGAAAAACGUUGAAAACCAUGGCAGAGUCUACAUCCUUCCUCCCGAAUGAAGUCGUAGUCAAGAUCUUCGAAGCCAUCUUGCGAUUGCCACGAGAGCCCGGAUCACCGUCAAUUUCGAAACAAGACUCAAAAUCAACUUCAAAUUCGACAGAAGAUGAGGAAGAUAGUGACUUGGAUAUCUAUACAAAUGGCGAGAUAUCAGAGAACUUUGGAAGAAAGGAAUUCGGAACAGACAACGAUGGAAUCAUUGAGGCUAUAUGCUUUGCUCUUACAUGUUCUAGAUAUUGGACCGUCUUCCGCGAUAUCUGGUGUUAUUCAAAUACCAACAAUAUCAUCAAGGGAUUCGAGCUAUCGAUGCCACAAGAGCUUGUUCUGGCACCUCUUCUAGAAAUAUGGAUGGGUGAAAAGUACCGUCGUUCAAACCUCCUCACGAUAAAUCCCGAAUGGUCUACAGAGAUAGGCGAGGAUGGAUCUCAAGGAUACAUCAACAUGUUUCUUUCAAGAAGUGUCUAUGGACAGGGAGAUAAUGAACGUGAUCUGCAAAAGGAACAGUCUUUAUGGGACAGGUACAAGGCUAGGUCUCAAAUACUAGAUUGCAGUGAAGGCAAUAACUUAGAGGAUUUUAUAUUAAGUGGAGAGGAGCUGCAGGAUUAUCCUAAAAUCCCACUGCCGAGUCCUUUCAGAAUGGGCAGCAGCUGGUAUUUAAAAGCAGCCAAACAGUAUCGGGAUAUGUUCAUAAGUUGGCAAUUCAGAUAUUCCGAUUAUGAUAAUAUGGCCAUUGAGGAAGAUGUUGAUAGUCUGGCUGAUACCGACUAUGGUCAGAGCAUUGGCCCCCACAGCUGUGCAAUGCAGCAUUCUUGGGAAUCCUUUUGGAAAUCCGCAAUCUUCAAAUGGGUUGAAAGGAUUCAGUCUUCAAAUUACUCUAGGGAUCGCCCCUUGACUCAGGUCCAAGAUGAGUCACUUCAAGUUGCAACGGAUAUACUCGAGCUUUAUCGGGAUGCUACACAAUUCGAUAUGAUAAGUCACGUUUACGAAUCUACGUACGAUGGUGGGUUGGAAGAAAUUUAUGGGCCUUUUCUAAUAGAUAAAUGGGAAACGUACGCAUUUGAAGUUAUGUGCUUUACAACCUAUUAUGGGCAUAAUUUGUGGGAGCCGGAACUUCCUCUCCACUAG